AUGAGCACACGAUGGCUCAUUAUCGGAUUUACACUUUCAAAUUUUUGUUAUGGAGCUCCUACAACCCUUCCUGAACAUUUAUCAUCUGAUCAACUCAUUCCCAUUGUUAAACAACCAACUGAAACACCAGAAGAAGUUUUUCUUCGACUUGAUCGAAAUGAGGACAAUCACAUCAGUUUUUCCGAGUUUCUCAUGAAAGACGUUGAAUAUGUUCACAAAAAGAUGAAAGAAUAUAUGCAAUCGGAUAUUAAUGGGGAUAAUAUAAUUGAUUUCGAAGAGUUUCUUCAAUCAAUGAAUGCUCAGAAAACGCUAGAGAAAGCCCGAGAAGCGAAACGUUUAGAUCAGAAACAAAAAGAGGAAGAAGGCUCUGAAGAAUUUCUGAAAGAUCAGCCUUCUGACGAAAAAGUCGCAAGUGAAGAGAUUGAAGAAAUGAAACUCGAUAAGGACACUGAGAGAUUAUUGCGAAGAGCUAAUGCUGAUGCUUUUGAGCUUUACGAUGAAGAUGGUGACGGUGUCUUGAAUGAGGAUGAGAUUGUUUUUAUGGUUCAAGAUUAUCUCGAAGCUGCUCUUCUUGUCACUCCAAAGAAACUUAUUGAAGAAUAUGACAUGAAUGGAGAUGGAGGAUUGAAUCGAAAGGAAAUGUGGCUUCUUGAAAAAGAUAUGCCUGAAGAUCUGAUUGAGUCAUUCAUCUCAUUCAACGAUGAUCUUGAUGGAUUAUAUGUUGACGAUUCCAUUGAUCUCGAUUCCUCUGAGAAAAACGUUGUCAUUUACAACAAAUAUCACAAGAAUGAAAAAGAUGAUUUCACAGUGCAAAUUGAUGACGAA